GGGGCCCUCUUGCGCCUCCCAAUACUGGACUUGCUGUUGUGCAAAGUCUGGCAGACAACAAGCACAGGGCAGCAUUUAGGUUCUUAGCAAAGGCUUCUGUAGUUGAUGUUAACAAGGCCGCACGGAUAGUUAAGAAAAUAAAGCGGUUUGGAACUCCUUGUAAGAUAUCCCAAAAAACUGUUUUUAUAAAGGGUAUGUUCAAAUCAGACCUCGAAAUUGCUAAUUUCAAGGAUGCAAAACUUCGGACUGCAAGUGGAGUUUCUGGGAAGAUUAAUGAGCCUGCAGGGGAAGGUCUUGCUCAUGGACUAGAAGGGAUUGCUAAAUGCACAUUUCAGCGCAAAAUUCGCAAGCAUGAUACAGUUUGCAUGCAUGUGUGUAGAAAGGUUAAGGUUCCUCGCUUCUUCGACCCAAUAAUGAGAGGUCCAGAACCACCUGACCGUAUUUGGGAAGGCCCGGUGGAUACUCUUAGUGUAAAUCAUCUCGCUGCGGUUGCUGACAGGGAUUCAUAUCGCAAGACUUAUAUUGAUCGGUCAGAACCCAGGGACCGCGAAAUACGGUCGAUGUUUAAAAGUGUGGUUCUUGCAAAACGGCGUGCGAUUACCAAGAAGGAUAAACUAGCAGUCGAGCGCCAAAAUGAAGAGUUGAAAUCUGCAGCUCGUGCAAGGUUGAGUGAGCUGAAAUCAAAGGGGGUCCUUCCUCGUAGGCGGCAGACGCUCGAACAAGUGCGUGGUGUGUGCUUUAUUGAGAGUGAAUGGAAUCAGAGCGAAGCUGAGAAACAGUCGGCAUUCAUCUGGAAUGGGGUCAUUCCUCGGAGGCAUAAGCCUCGAUCAGUACUGGUGUGCAGAGACAAUGGAAGCGGGAGGAAAUUGAGCAGCCGCCGUUGAUCGGGAAUACGUGUUAAAGAAAUUCAUGAGAUUCGAAGAGUCUUUAAAAGAGAAAGAGAGGAUGGCAAAUGAAAUCAGGAUGGCUAGCUCUAGCCCGAUAAGCUGAUGUCGCUCAUCAAGACCACUAUUAACAUCUGAUUCAGGAGAUUAAACUUGUGUAUAAUCGCAAAUUGAUCUUCAGUCGCCAGUCAACUUGUGGUGUUGGAUUGAGUCCCCACUGGAGCGUUCAAGUCCAUUGAUGGGUGUUCCUAUUAUAUCAGCAAGAACCUAAUGCAUCCUUGUCUACUAGAUUAGGCCAUAGUCUCAUUGUUGUAGUGCACAUUUUUUGUCAUUUGCUUCAGUAUUGAUGGGACUGUCUAUAGCUUAAUGGCAGUGUUUAAUCUCCCUUGUUUUGCUUUGGGUUUUUCUCUCAUUUGCUUCUAUAUCUAAGAAGUACUCUUUCACCCAAAUCGAUGCCUAUCACUA